AGUCGGCGCCGCUGCUGGAACUCUGGAUGUGCCGAGGUCAGGCGGUGGUACGAUUCAGCCCCACCGAAGGACCACCCCAGACUCGGCGCUGGGACGCCGAGGGGCGCGCAUCGGUGCCGGAUACCUCCGGCCACGAGGGUCAAACCCUUCCUCUCAGAACAGUUCCGGGUCACGGAACUUUGGCACACCUGACCCCGAAAAUAAGUCACAUUACCGGAAGCUUAGCGCAAGGAAGACAACUUUGAAGUGCUGGACAUUUAGAAACACCUGUGGGCAGUGAAGUGCCUCAACGCGCAGACUAAACGUGUCACCGAGUUCUGCGGCUUUCCUAACUGACGUGUCGUCCGACCGUUCGGAACCCGUCCGCGCCGGAGAACGCGCCGGCCCCAAGAGUGCCGCACUCUGUCUCUGCUGCUCUAGGCUUCGUCUGGGUUUGACUCCGAAACCAUCUGCCGCCCGGGGCGCCUGACUCAGAAACCGCCACCAUGUUCGCCGCCGUACUCUGCCUCGUGUCCAUGGUGGCGUUCAUCUACGCCACGUGGCAGCGACUCCGCACCCAGCCGCCAGGACCCUGGGGUCUGCCGGUGGUCGGCCACCUGCUGCAGAUGGACCAGAAGGCACCCCACGAGCCGCUGGCGCGCUGGGCCGCCCAGUACGGCUCCAUCUUCCAGGUGCGUAUGGGCGAGCUGCCCAUCGUGGCCGUCUCCUGUCCCAGCAUGCUCGGCGACCUCCUGGCCCGGAACGAGGUGACCGGCCGGCCGGACACUCCGUCCCGCCGUCUGCUGCUGGCCGGGGGACGGCGUGAGGGUAUCACUCAGGCCGAUAACGAGCUCUGGGGCGAGACGCGGCGCCUGCUGACCGUGCAACUGGAGGGGCUCGGCGGAGAGGGACACUCGAAGUUGGAGCGCUCCAUUCAGAGGAUGGCCGACGAGUUUUGCGGCACCUUCCUGGCCAACAACGUCGGCCGGCGCGUCCAGCUGGGCGACGAGCUGGCGGCGGCCGUGGCCAACAUCCUCUGGGGCAUGCUGACCGGCGAGCGACGGGACGUCGAGGACACUGAGGUACAGGAGGCGGUAGCGGCUGCUGGCCACAUGCUGCAGCGCUGGCACGCAGCGCGUCUGGCCGAUGCGUUUCCCUGGGCCGAGCAGCUGGCGCUGAUGCUGCUGCCGCCCGACCUGCCUCGAGAGCUGGACCAGCUGGCCGAGCGUCUCCUCGAGCCGACGCUGACCAAACUCCGCGGCGUCGCCGGCGCGGACCCUGACAAAGCGGCGGCCAGCUUCGCGUCGGCCUACCUCCAGGCACAGACGGCGCGACCGCUACUGCUGAGUGAGCAGCACCUGUCACACACCGUGCUGGACGUGCUGCUGACCGGCGGCGAGCCGACAGCCGCCACCCUCGAGUGGCUCGUCUGCUUCCUGUGCGCGCGGCAAGACGUGCAGGAGCGCGCACAGCAAGAGGUCGACCUCGCCAUCGGCCACAAACGUCUGCCCACCUACGCCGACCGGGCGCGCAUGCCCUUUCUGGAGGCCGUACUCAUGGAGACCCAACGGCGCGCCGACGUCCUGCCGCUGGGAGAGCCGCACACGGCCGCACGCGACCUGUCUGUCGCCGGCUACAGGAUCCCCCGCGGCGCCCAGAUCACACCUCUGCUGCGGGCCGUCCACCUGGACCCGCAGCGCUUCCCCGAGCCACUGGCCUUCCGUCCGGAGCGGUUCCUGGACGCCACUGGGAAGCUGCUGCCCAACGAGGCUCUGCUGCCGUUCCUGGUCGGACGCCGCCAGUGCCCCGGACAGGCACUCGCCAGUGCUACUCUGUUCAUUUUCCUAGCGGCCAUCCUGCAGCGGUUCACGCUCCGGUUCCCACCGGGCUUCCAGCACGACUUCGGUGUGCUCUGCGACGGUGCACGCGUUCUGCGACCGAGGCCGUUCAAAUUCGUACCAGAACUACGCGAGGAGUAAGGAUUACGACCGCAGCAGAAACGGCUUCUGAGCGUAAUGUGAUGCAUCGCACGUGCGGGUCGGCUGAAGUGUUAAAUCGGAGCAGCAGAAGUUGAUAGUUUUGACGUUUGAUACACGAGCACUGCUGCCGAGUGCUGUCCUUCCAUUGCCUUAUACCUACCCAAUCCCUCCAGUUGAGCCCCCGAGUUUACAGACACCCAUGCCGUCUACAAGCUGAUAUUUUUAUCCGAUCGAUGGCGAACCCUGCGCAUGCUCUUUCCGCUCUCCAGCUCUUUUAACUCAAUCAACAAAUCACAUACGGCUUCCUUAGAAAUAGCGACAUGAUUAAUCCAUCUGAGUUUGUCGUACGAUGGUGGGCGACGACGACGACGACUAAUGUUUAAUAGUUGUUGAUCGGGGGAGUAUAAUGUAUCCCAAUCCCUUGUGUAUUGAGUCAUGCAGUCGUGCAUAAGUGAGAAUAAAUGGCAAUGCCAC